AUGCUCUUCCACAGCCUAGCCGGCUCCGAGAUGCAGGGCGUCAUCGACGAGAUGGACCGGCGGAGCAAGGGAGACACGCCGGCCAUCACUUCGGCCAUCGACCGUGGCGAGACCGAAACGCACGCCAUGCCGUCGGUCAGCAGCGAGCGAGCCGCCCUGUGCGCCGGCUGCGGGGGGAAGAUCUCGGACCGCUACUACCUCCUGGCGGUGGACAAGCAGUGGCACAUGCGUUGUCUGAAGUGUUGCGAGUGUAAACUCAACCUGGAAUCCGAGCUCACCUGUUUCAGCAAAGACGGCAGCAUCUACUGCAAGGAAGACUACUACAGGAGGUUCUCGGUCCAGCGCUGCGCCCGCUGCCACCUGGGCAUCUCCGCCUCGGAGAUGGUGAUGCGCGCCCGAGACUCGGUUUACCACCUGAACUGCUUCACCUGCUCCACCUGCGCCAAGAUGCUGACCACGGGCGACCACUUCGGCAUGAAGGACGGGCUGGUUUACUGCCGCCUGCACUUCGAGGCGCUGCUGCGGGACGAGUACCAGCUCCACUUCAACCACGGCGAAGGGGUAGGCGGCAAGGGCCCCGCGCUGGGGGCCGCCGCCCCGCUGGGCCUGCCCUACUACAACGGCGUGGGCACCGUGCAGAAGGGGCGGCCCAGGAAACGGAAGAGCCCGGGUCCCGGCGCUGAGCUGGCCGCCUACAACGCAGGUAAAAGUUGCAAUGAGAAUGACGGUAGCCCCCUGGACCGAGACCAACAUUACCCCAGCAAUCAAAAGACCAAACGCAUGAGGACUUCCUUCAAACACCACCAGCUGCGGACAAUGAAAUCCUAUUUUGCAAUUAAUCACAAUCCGGACGCCAAGGACUUGAAGCAGCUGGCUCAGAAAACGGGUUUAACCAAAAGGGUGCUCCAGGUCUGGUUCCAGAACGCCCGAGCCAAAUUCCGACGGAACCUCUUACGCCAGGAGAACACGGGAGUGGACAAGGCCUCUGAUCCAGCCCUCCAGGCCGGCACCCCAUCCGGUCCAGCGUCGGAGAUCUCCAACACCUCCCUGAGCCCCUCCAGGACUCCCACCACCCUCACAGACCUGACGAACCCUAGCAUGCCUUCCGUGACUUCGGUCUUGAGCUCCGUCUCCGGCAGCUUGGACGUCCACGAAUCCCGCAGCCCUUCACAGACGACACUGACCAACCUCUUCUGA